AUGGAUCCGCUGCUGUAUCUCGGAGUUUUGGUUAUUCUGUUUCUGUUAUGGAUCAAAGUCAAAGGUCUAGAUUAUGUUAUAAUUCACCAGCGCUGGAUCUUCGUCUGCCUGUUUCUCCUGCCGUUAUCCGUCAUUUUUGAUGUGUACUACUAUGUGCGAGCCUGGAUCAUCUUCAAGAUGUGCUCUGCGCCAAAGCUGCACGACCAGAGGGUCAGAGAAAUUCAGAGGCAGGUUCGUGAGUGGAAGAAAGAGGGAGGGAAGACGCGCAUGUGCACAGGCCGUCCUGGUUGGCUCACUGUGUCUCUGAGGGUGGGGAAAUAUAAGAAGACCCACAAGAACAUCAUGAUCAAUAUGAUGGACAUUCUGGAGGUGGACACGAAAAGACAGGUGGUACGUGUGGAGCCCUUGGCAAACAUGGGUCAAGUGACAGCCUUGCUAAACUCCAUUGGCUGGACACUGCCUGUAUUGCCUGAGCUUGAUGAUCUCACAGUAGGGGGUCUGGUAAUGGGCACGGGUAUUGAGUCCUCUUCUCAUAUUUAUGGGCUGUUCCAGCACAUCUGCGUGGCCUAUGAGCUUGUGCUGGCAGAUGGCAGUCUGGUCCGCUGCACUGAGAAAGAGAACUCUGAGCUGUUCUAUUCGGUUCCGUGGUCCUGUGGAACCCUGGGCUUCCUUGUGGCCGCUGAAAUCCGGAUCAUUCCAGCUCGGAAGUGGGUGAAGCUGCGCUACAAGGCUGUGCAUGGUUUGGAUGCGAUCUGUAAGACGUUUGCAGAGGAGUCAGCCAACAAGGAGAACCAGUUUGUGGAGGGGCUGCAGUAUUCACUCAACGAGGCUGUGAUUAUGACCGGAACCAUGACUGACAAUGCAGAGCCUGACAAGAUCAACCGCAUUGGCCACUACUACAAGCCCUGGUUCUUUAAGCAUGUGGAGAAGUUUCUGAAGGAGGAUUCUGGUGCUGUGGAGUACAUCCCACUCAGACACUACUACCACAGACACACACGCAGCAUCUUCUGGGAGCUACAGGACAUCAUCCCAUUUGGGAAUAACCCGUUGUUCAGGUACUUCUUUGGCUGGAUGGUGCCUCCUAAGAUCUCUCUGCUGAAACUCACUCAGGGAGAGACCAUCCGCCGCCUGUACGAGCAGCACCAUGUGGUGCAGGACAUGCUGGUGCCCAUGAAGCACAUCAAGACAGCCAUCCACGCUUUCCACCAGGACAUUCACGUGUAUCCCCUCUGGCUGUGUCCAUUCAUUUUGCCCAAUCAGCCAGGCAUGGUACACCCCAAAGGAGAUGAGGAUGAGCUGUAUGUGGAUAUUGGAGCAUACGGGGAGCCCAAAGUCAAACACUUCGAGGCCCAGGCCUCCACACGCCAGCUCGAGAAGUUUGUGAGAGAUGUUCACGGUUUCCAGAUGCUUUAUGCUGAUGUGUACAUGGAACGGCAGGAAUUCUGGGAAAUGUUUGAUGGCACCCUGUAUCAUAAGCUCAGGAAGGAGCUGGGCUGCAAGGAGGCAUUUCCUGAAGUCUAUGACAAAAUCUGCAAAGCUGCAAGACACUGAUUUCAGUCCUCACUGAAAUAAAGCACGACUUCAAAAGUGGCCUUUCUGAGUAAGCUAAAAAAAAGGGGGUGGAAAAAGCACAAAGAAACUAUACUGAAGUAAAAGUAUGAGUGCUGUAUCUAAAAGCACUCAAAUAAUAGCAGAAGUGUGGAGCAAAAAUCACAGUUUAGUCAAAGUUAACACACUCAGUACAAAGUAAAUGUUUUUAACAAGAAAAUGAGACGUUUCUGGUCCACACAAAGAUGGAUUAGCAGUUUUAUAUUACAUUUUUUCUGAAUGUGGCUGAAUGUUUUAAAAAAUGUAAUAAAAAAUAAAUAUAUAAAUAAUGCUCCAGAAUUGGAGAGGAAAAGUCUCCUGGCCUUUGAGAUUAGAGUACCUUGAAAGUUUAAAUGAAAAUGUUAGAAUAAAAAAGGUUUUUUUUUCUUGGAGAUGUAGUUGAGUAAAACAUACAAGCAUUCAAUUUCAGUUACACCUGAGUAAAGUACAAGUCUUCCAAAAUAAUACUUAAGAAUAGUUACACAGUACACUUACUUUAGUAUUUCCCACCUCUGGAAAAUGCAAUAUUAAUAAUUUUCAAUCAAAUCAAAUAUUUUUUUUAUUUUGAAACAACCAGCCAACUGCUUUUGAGCCUUUUAGCAUACAACAAACACAAAAUUAGUCCACAUUCAAAAUAUGUAUUAAAGGGGCACUCUGGACACAAUGAGAAAUGUAACCAUUGCUUCAUCUGUUGUAAUCCAGCAUCCUAGCAUCCUUUAUUGCUUCAGUUUCAACAGAGUGAGAUUUUCUAGUUUUAAAGACUAGAAAAACUUUUUGAUGAUGUAUCUUGGAGCUGGGAAGAACCUUUGAAAAACUGCUUUAGGGUGGGUACUUUAGAGCAGGCUGUUAGAAAUGUUAUUUUAUUACUGCUAGCUGGCUAAUGCAGAAGGAAGCCAGAUAGCUAGAAGCUAAAUAAGACAUCUGUAUUGAUUAGUUAGCUGCUCUAGGUGGGAGUGCCCCUUUAAGCAUAUUGUGAUCAAAAUACAGACAGUAUGUUUGUCAAAAAUGUUAAAAACAAAAGCUUUCAUACAUAUUUUCCUAAAUAUUUUCCUACACUGUGGAUGUUCUUUUCUGUGUCUCUAGUGAUGCCUUUUUACUAGAUAGAUAUAUAGUGAUUAAUAUAUAAUACAAUGUUUUUCCUUUUUCUAAAUUGUCACCCUAAUAAGAUUUUUGAAUGUAUUGCAUUUGCCUUAAGUUUGUUUUCCAAUGUGUGGCCAAUACUGGUCUAAAUACUCAAAUUUGGAACCUCUGUCAAUAGGAGGGGACUGUUUUUCCAGUGCCACCCAUAAAAGCUCCUUAAUUAAAUUUUUACAAAUGACCAAACUAGUCAAAUUACAGACUGGCUGAGUGUGCCUCAUAGUUAUUCUAAAACACACACACAUCAACUUUUUGUGUCUGAGUGUGUUCCCUCCCCAGUAUCACAACUCUAAUGUACACUAUAUGUCCAGGGCCCCUUCUCAUUCAAUGUCUCUUCUAAAGUCAAGGGUGUUAAUAGGGGGUUUUGCCUUUGCUGCAGUAACAGCCUCAACUCUUCUGGGAAAGCUUUACACUAGAUGUUGGAACAUUGCUGUAAGGAUUUGAUUGCAUUUAGUCACAAGAGCAUUAGUGAGGUCAAGUACUGAUGUUGGAUGAUCAGUUCUGGAUCACAAACACCACUCAAGCUCUACCACUUCAGAGAAUGCAGUUCCACUAUGCCACAGCCAAUGCUGGGGUGCACUGAAAAGAAGCUGAAUUCACUAUUAGAGGGGUGCCUGGAUACUUUUGGACAAAUAAUGUACCACUUCAACAACUUUCCAGCCAUGAAUGUCUUCAAAACUCUUUUGUUCUUUGGAGAUAAUGGAUUUUUUUUGGCUAUAGCCUUGUGUUAUACGUAAGUCCUCCAGUAUACCUCUUUCACCUCUUAGUGUUUUGAUUUUGUUGUUUGUUUUGUUGUUGUUUGUUGAUGUGCCCCUCUUUCAGCAUAUCUUGUUCACUGUUUGUUUUCUCCAGAUUUUCUCAUGUGGCAUGUGAAGCUUAAUGUUCUCACAGACUGUACCAUCCUCAGGUUUCUAGGACCAGUUCCAGGGAUGUGGAUGUGUUUCAUUCCUCAUGGCAUCUUCAUUGCUUUUUAAAGUUUUUUUUUUCUAGAUAUGGUGAUUAUAUGUAGAAGAAUAAAAUUCCAAGCUGGCAAUCUUUUUAGGUCAGUGAGUUAUACAAAUAACAAAAACACAUUGAUAUAUGAUGCAUUGGAAAUUAAUGUAUUUUUAAAAGGUACAAAUGGCUUCUUAAGCAUAAACAUGACUAAUUCAGGCAGUAACGUGUUUAGGUAGUAACUGUGCGGAUGUGUGUUUGAGGGUGCUAGUAAGUGUAAACUAUGCUGAAGAGCACAUUUGUCCUCCUCUGAAGGGGCCCUCAGGUUGCACCAGGAAGGAUCUCCUAUCCAAAGGAACAUUGACGGGCCUGAGUCUCUCCCUAACAAACAAUAAAAGACCUCACAUUAUAAUACA